GCUUCAUUUCCGUUCCCUCCUUCCGCCCGUCCGCUUCCCGCUCUCCCGUCUCCUUUUCCAAGAAAGCCCACACCAUUUACAAGAGCGGAAGAGAGCGAGGGAGGGACAGACAGCGGAGCGGCGGCGGCGGCGGCGGCGGCGAUGGGGAUCCAGGGUUUGCUGCCGCAGCUCAAGUCGAUAAUGGCGCCCAUCAGGGCGGAGGACCUGAGGGGGCAAACGGUCGCCGUCGACACCUACUCCUGGCUCCACAAGGGCGCCCUCUCCUGCGGCGACCGCCUCUGCAAGGGCAUCCCCACCACCAGGCAUAUCGAGUACUGCAUGCAUAGGGUUAACUUGUUGCGGCACCAUGGCGUGAAGCCAAUUCUUGUAUUUGAUGGAGGCUUUCUGCCAAUGAAGAGCGAACAAGAGGUCAAACGUGCAAGGUCACGAAAGGAAAAUCUUGAGCGUGCCAGGGAACAUGAAGCAGCUGGGAAUUCCCGUGCUGCUUUCGACUGCUACCAGAAAGCUGUUGAUAUUACACCUAAAAUUGCUUUAGAACUGAUCCAGGUACUGAAGCAAGAAAAGGUUGAUUAUAUUGUUGCGCCUUACGAAGCAGAUGCACAAAUGACGUUCUUAUCUGUCAACAAACUUGUUGACGCUGUAAUUACCGAGGAUUCAGAUUUGAUACCAUUUGGCUGUUCUAGAAUUAUUUUCAAGAUGGACAAAUUUGGGCAAGGUGUUGAAUUCCAGAUAACACGAUUGGAACGAAACAGGGAGCUGGACUUAAAUGGAUUCACGAAACAGAUGUUACUAGAGAUGUGUAUUUUAAGUGGCUGUGACUAUCUUCCAUCCUUGCCGGGAAUGGGUGUCAAACGUGCUCAUGCACUCAUCCAAAAACUUAAGAGUCAUGAGAAGGUAAUCAAGCACCUGAGGUACAGUGCUGUUUCUGUUCCACCUCAAUAUGAAGAGAAUUUCAAGAAGGCAAUAUGGGCAUUUCAGUUUCAAAGGGUCUAUGAUCCUGCGACAGAAGAUAUUGUUCAUUUGUCUGGCAUUCCUCAUGACCUCAGCGAAGACGACUUUCUGGGACCAUGGUUACCACAGGCUGUUGUUAAAGGUAUUGCUCUAGGGGAAAUUGAUCCACUUACAAAGGAACCAUUUGAGGCCAGCAUUCCUUGCAGUGCACCUGCUGCUGAUAAAGGUUAUCCGGUCAAGGAGUCUAUUAUUCCUUCAAAUGGAAAGAAGAGGCUAGAAUUGCCUGUGCAGAAAAACAUAUUGACAAAUUACUUCUGCUUAGCAUCGCUUGAGGCAAAACGGAAGUUCAGGGCACCUAAGGUUACACCCAAGCAAAAAAUGUUGAAUGAAUCUUCUUUUCCGAGCCGUCAGACUGAAGACUCUGGCACCCCUGAUUCAAUUGAAGACACUAGCUUGCCAAUGAAUAAUAUUCAAUUCUCUCAGUAUAGUUCUGAGCAUUUUAGCUCUGAACCUCCUCGAGAUGAUUCAAUUGAUGCUUCUCAACGUAGUACUGGUCGUGCCUUCCCCUGGGACGAUUCAGAUAGUGUUUCACCCCACUGUAUUUCUCGUGAUAUUGGCAGUGGUCCUCUUUCUAGGGAUCAACACAUUGAAGAUGCAGAGGUUGAGGUCAGUUAUUGCAACACAAGUGCAAUGCCAAUAAGUCCUUGCUUAGAGAGGACUUCGCCUGGGAUAGCAGAUCCAUCAUUAAUUUCUCAUAACACGGAACCAUCGAGAUCAGUGCCACAUUAUGCUGAAAGUUAUGUGGCUCCUACUGUAAGGAGUUCAUACUUCAAGAAAGAUAAGAGGGUUUUCACAAAUCAAGUAGAAGACCAGUUAGAUGAUGACGAUGAUGAUAACGCUGAGACUGGCACUUCCACUCUUUCUGGAAUUCAACCGGGGAACCCUGGAGGUGUUGUGAAGAGAAGAAAACUUUGGGAUCCCCAAAAUUUUGAAGACGAAACAUUGCCACCAACUAGUUCACAUGACAGUCCAACAGUUGAUGAAGGCUGUGGUACUGAUUCCCUUGAUGACAUCGACACAAAUUCUGAAGGAAGAUUCGGAUGCAAUGUUUCCCAUGUGAAUAAUUACAGUGGCAUCGCGGAGAAAUCGAUGGAUAAGUUUGCUGCACUGAUAUCAUCUUUCAGAUACGCAGGCUCCCGUGCCAGUGGCCUUCGUGCUCCUUUAAAGGAUGUGAAGAAUACCCUUUCUGUGAGAUCUAUUCUCAGACCCCCGGAACAGAACCUCUGGUGUACGGCUAAGAAGACCGCGAGAGGUCGUGGUUCACGAAGCAGAUCCAGAAGUGAUGCCUCGAAUAGCGCCGACGGUCCUCCUGAUCUGAGCGCGUUUGCACGCAGCCCUGUUUUUCUUCCUGAUCUGGGGAAGGUCACCGAUAAAGAUGCACCGGCAAGAUCUACUACUGGUGGUUGUCUUGAUCAGAGCAGGAACACUCGUAAAGCAGUGGGCACUGUUGUCAGUCCUGAUCUGAGCACAUUUGCAUACACACCCACGACUACUGCUAGUCGUCCUGAACGGAGCAAAGUCUCUACAGCUAUAAGGACUGCAGACAGUCCUGAUCCGAGCACAUUUGCAUACCGACCCACGACUACUGCUAGUCGUCCUGAACGGAGCAAAGUCUCUACAGCUAUAAGGACUGCAGACAGUCCUGAUCCGAGCACAUUUGCAUACCGACCCACGACUACUGCUAGUCCCUCUGAGCGGAGCAAAUUGUCUCCUACAGUUAUAAGAACCGCUGACAGUCCUCCUGAUCUGAGCACAUUUGCAUAUAAACCCAUGAAACCUUUGAAUGGCAGCAGGUUUGCAGGGACAGCAUUAGUGGCUUCUGGACGAUAUUCUCGAGGCCGAUUCACAUAGAACUGCCGAUGAGUCUGUUACCUUUUAUGAUAUGGGCGUGUUUGCUAUUGCACGAAAAGGCCAGCCUUCAUGCUUUGACCUGAGCAAACUUAGAUCUAGCAGCAAAUGCUGUCAAAUGGUGUCCUUGGCCACCCAUGGACCUGCAGUCCCGAUGAACCCCUGAUCUAAGAUCACCCCUUUUUGCGCCAACAGAAUGGAAGCAUGAAAGAAGAUGGCAGUCGGUACCUGUAGAGGCUUGGUACUUGACUUCAUUUUUAUCCCAUGCAAAUGCAAGCUGAAGCAUGUAUGGUCUGGAGGGGGAGGUAGCUGGCAGCAGGGGCUAAUAGCUUCAGUUUCAGAGACCACCGUGUGUGGUGUGCAAACCUAGCACAUGCCCAUUUCUGUUCUUUCCUGGAUACUGUUGUCUUUUGAGCAUUAGUAUAGGUGUUACCUUCUGUCAAUUCCCAAUCAAGAUGAAUCAAGGAAUUGUACAAUAUGUUGUAUUGUGGUUUGUGGAUUCCGUGUAAUUUGUUGUUGGGUAUAGUAAUGAUCUUGAAUGUACUAUUUGUGUAUUGAACGGACUGGGUUUUUUGCUCUCCGGACCGGGCGAAACCUUUAUCGAUACCGUUUGUUAAACCCUCAAGAUGCUUCUUUGUA